CAAUGCCUACCCCGCUUAAACGCUACCAAACCUCCUUCAAGCCCAUAAAGUCUUCUCCCACCUUUUAAAACUGCUCAUGGCGAAACGGCAAACUCACGCCAGUUCAAGUUGUACUAGCAAGUGGUCCAGACGUUGCCAGUGUUUGCCUAUUCACAACCAUGGCCCUAGUGUCCGUUCGUGAUUACGAGAAGCGUGCCCACGAAAUCAUACCCCGGAAUGCGCUCGACUACUACCGCAGCGGUGCCGGGGACGAACUAUCCCUCCACCUUAACCGAACCGGCUUCGAUCGGCUCCGGAUCCGACCGCGGAUGCUGCAGGGUGGCUCCACCCGGGACCUAUCCUGUACCGUGUUUGGGCAGCGCUUCUCGAUGCCGAUCGCCAUCUCACCCACCGCCAUGCAACGGAUGGCCCAUCCCGACGGUGAGGUAGCGAACGCGAAAGCGGCCGCCACCCGGCAAGUUCUCUUCACGCUCAGCACCAUCAGCACGAGCUCGAUCGAGCAGGUGGCGGAAGCGACACCGAACGCACCGAAGUGGUUCCAGCUGUACAUCUACCGCGACCGGCAGCUGACCGAGGAGCUGGUACGGCGGGCCGAACGGGCCGGCUUUCGGGCGAUCGUGCUGACCGUCGAUGCGCCACUGUUCGGUUUGCGGCGGGCGGAUAUGCGCAACAAGUUUUCCCUACCACCGCACCUGAGCAUGGCGAACUUCGUCGGUAAGGCAGCGAGCAUCCGCAGCCAGGGCGGUUCGGGCAUCAACGAGUACAUCGCGGAACAGCUCGAUCCAACACUGUCCUGGGACGACGUUAAGUGGCUGCUCGGCUUCACCAAGCUGCCCGUCAUCGUGAAGGGUAUCCUGACGCGCGAAGAUGCCAUCAUUGCGGCCGAUCUCGGUGUACAAGGCAUCUUCGUGUCGAAUCAUGGUGCGCGACAGUUGGAUUCGGUACCAGCAUCGAUUGAAGCACUGCCGGAAAUUGUCGCUGCCGUUGGUGGACGGGUAGAAAUCUUUCUAGACGGUGGCAUCACACAAGGUACGGACGUGUUCAAGGCGCUGGCACUGGGUGCGCGGAUGGUGUUUUUCGGUCGCCCUGCCCUCUGGGGAUUGGCCGUCAAUGGGCAGGCGGGUGUUGAGCAUGUGCUGGACAUUUUGCGCAACGAGCUGGACCUGACGAUGGCACUGGCCGGUUGCAAAACGCUCGCGGACAUCACGAAGGAGUAUGUGGUGCACGAGAAUUAUUAUAGUAAGCUUUGAGCUUUGCAGGGAAUCGUCGUGUUGGUGGAGGAAGUGUUUUACCAAAACUGCAACUCAACGAUUUCAAGGAAUUUCAUAGCGUGAGAUGAUAAAUUCGUUCAAAAGACCUUCUCACAUCAUAGUGAUAUUUUGAGAACCUAUUUGUCUGUUCUCUUCGUAUUGAAAUUUCAUGCACACCUGCAAUACAAAGAUGUAGAAAGUUUAACUGUGACAGUCCAAUGAUGACCAUUUUUAAGAGAGAGUUCAAUGAUGGUCAUAAUAAUCUGACCAGUCUUAAAAACUGUAGAGAACAACAUAGAACAUUGAGUAGAAA